UCCUCCUCCUCGUGUCCUCGUCCCUGCUCCUGUUUGGACCGACAAUCCAGACACGUCGUCGAGUGUUCCUUCAAGGACCUCACGGAAAUCCCGCGCUUUCUACCGCCGAACGCCUCCACCGUGAGCCUCUCCGCCAACCACAUCGCCUCCGUCCCCGCGCGCAGCUUCAGGAACGCCGAGCUCGUCGCCUCCCUGUGGAUGACCGGGAACAGGAUCCUUUACGUCGAAAACGGAGCGAUUUCAAACCUCGUCUACUUACGAAACUUGGAUUUAAGCCACAAUAAGUUAACCGACUUUCCUUGGACCGAUCUCCAAAAUCUUACGUCUUUACAACUUCUAAAACUGGACCAUAACGAACUGGAAAACCUCCCGCAGAACGCUUUUUCAAAUCUUAAAGAACUCAACUCUCUUCGGCUCAAUAAUAAUAAGUUUGCGACGAUUUUUAAAGGGACGUUUGACGGUUUAGUCGCGCUGACGUUUCUACAACUUCACAGCAACCCGUUUUCAUGCGACUGUUACAUGUACUGGCUCAAAUACUGGAUUUUGGACGAUAAAAUCAAGAUUCCAGAUCGUGAUUUGAUCGUUUGCGCGUCGCCGGACGAGCUAAAAGGCGAAGAACUUUUAAAUUUAUCCGAUUUGAACUGCCAGCGCCCGAUUGUGACGAUAAAUAUUGAAAACGAGGAUGAAAACGAGAGGUUCUACGAGGGAGGUUUGCUGGUUUUGACUUGCGAGUACAGCGGCAGCCCCGAGCCGACCGCGAAGUGGAGAAUCAACAGCAGGAAAGAGUUGGCGCUGAAGCUAACGGAGAACGACUCGGCCGAAAUGCUGGACAACUCGUUAAAAGUUUACAAAAACGGGACGCUCGUGAUUUCGAAUCUCAAGAAGGAAGACAGCGGCGUUUACAGCUGUUCCGCCGCCAACGAAGCCGGUUGGGAUGAAAAAUCGGUCGUAAUCGAGGUUUUAGCGGAAGAGGAGCUAACGACGGCUAACGGCGCUAAAGCGACGCAGCCAACGGUCAAAACAACGCCGUCUAGUUCCGAUUUUAACUCCGGAGAAACGACCGAAAGCCGCUCAAAAACAUUAAACAAAGCCAUGAGCAGAUGCAGCUUGUCUCCCGAUACGAAAUACGUCUCGGGUUUUGUUUCCAACGCCAGUUUCGACGACGUGAAGCAGUACUCGUUCGAUUUUGGCGUCUUAGCGUUAGCGGUGACGGAAACGGAAGCUAUCGUGAGGCUAAACUCUUUGCUAAAGCCGCGAGAUCAGAUCGAAACGAGUGCGGAAGAGGAUUUGAACGGGAUUCUUUUGUGCCUCAGCUCGGAUCAGAACGCGGUGCAGUGGACGCAUUUAAAAGACGGAAUCAGCACGUAUUACUUCGCGAAUUUGCGUCGCAGUACGAACUAUUCCCUCUGCUUAAUGCUAAAAGGCGAAGAGUGCGACGUCCAAGUCCAUUUCACGACCAAAAAACGCAUCCCGAACUUGAUCAUAAUCAUUUCCGUGAGCAUCUGCCUGCUCACGGUGUCCACGGUUCCGUUACUGGGAGCGACGUGUUACCAUUUAGUUUACAAAUAUCGGAAUCAGACGUACCGGAUGUAUCUGAAGGCCAGGGGGCAGUACAGAGCGGAGAAGGCGACGUUCCGCGCGCAAACGGAGUCGGAGAAGGACCUGAGCGAGGGACUGGCGGAGGACGAGGUGACGGACAGCGGCGAGAAGGACACGGAGGAGAGCAUCCUGGCCGACUCCACGUCCGUGGAUAAACUGACGAACGAGUGCGAAGUGGAGUCGGAGUACAGCGACCGCCUGCCCCUCGGAGCGGAGGCCGACAACAUCACGGAGUAA